UCUGCUGUCCUGCUAUUUUCAGACUCCGCUGCUGGUGGCUGUCACUGCCAGGCAGCCAGCUAUUGUCUAUGAUUUGAUCCAGACAGGAGCAGAUGUCAAUGCUGUAGACCACAAAGGGCAGUCAGCUUUACAUCUUGCUGCAACAUACGGGUAUGCCCAAGUCCUUCAGGUUAUACUGUCACUAGGUUUCCCCCUUGAUUUAGAAAUGAAAGAUUUUGAAGGUCAUACCCCUCUGCACUGCGCUGUCCUGGCUCACAACGCCCUGCUCCGGGAGCGGGGCUGCCAGGCGCUGCCAGAGGAGCAGCAGAAAGAUCUUCAGCACCAGAGCGAAGAGCUGGAGUCCUGCAUCCACCUCCUGGUGCAGACGGGAGCCUCCAUCUACAGCCGGGAUGUGAAAAGCAACAAGACAGUUCUUCAUUAUACGGUCCAGGAUGGGAACAUCUCCCUGCUCAGAUACUUCUUGGAGCUGAAUGCUUUCAAGUCCAAGGACUUUGUUAACAACAAGGCACAUGGCAACACAGCUUUGCAUAUGGCAGCCGCAUUGCCUCCUGACAAGAACCAGAAAGAAAUCGUCCAGUUGCUCCUUGACCACGGGGCAGACCCGAGCAUCCGCAACUUAGACAACGAUCAGGCAAUCCACAUGGCUCCUCCUGGAAAAGCUGGGGAUCAGGUUAGGCAUUUGCUGAAGAAAGGGAAAGUCGCAUCUGCAUUCAUCUCCUGUCGCCGAAAUGCCAGAUCCUAGGGUGCCUGCAGUUCCUGGGACGGCUUCAACUGCACUUGCUGAUUGCACAUGGCCUCUUAGAACAGCUGUGAGGAUGGCUCACCAACACGUCCCUGCCCCUAGAGCCUUUCAACCAGGUGUUCCUCAAUGUCACCUCAAUGUCUCAACCUGUAGACCACGAGCAGCAUGCAAGAGAUCAGAAGAUGAGCUUUCAAAUGGUUGAAAACUUUAUUUUGUUAACAAAGAAUACUAAUAAACUUCGAGCAUUGCUUGCAAGCCAGGAGGCAAGCAAAGCAAACGGCUCUUACAUAAAUAAGGAAAUGUUCAAAGUACAGCCAGCCUUUGAUUUGGUGGCAGCUGAAAGCCGCGGUGGUGGUGGAACACAAGACGGUGGUUUGGCUAUAAAAGGUUGAGAAAUGCUGCUCUAAGACAGGCUCAAACUGUGCCGCCUCUUAGGUCCUCUGCAGAGGGACUGGUUGAAGUGAUGAAGCCUUUGGGAUGUGUGAUUACCUCCAUCGUUCCUGCUAGCCGGGGAAUGCAGGAACCUGAGGGGAGGGAAAAGACUGGAUGGAAGAGGUCAAGUCAGCCUGAGGAGUCGCCCAUGGCUGUAUUUUAUGCGAGUGAGUGGACAACCAAACACAAGAGCUCCAAGUGAGGGUUCCUGCACGCUGCUGCUACCCCAUUUCUUAGCACUUUUUGGAGGAAAGCUGAAGCAGCUGUCCAUGCCACAGUCUCCCACCCCACCCCGAGAAAAGAAAACAGAUGCUUUUAGAAGCAAGUGCGUAGAAUCAUAGAAUAUCUCCAGCUGGAAGGGACCCAUAAGGACCAUCGAGUCCUCCUCACAGGACUACCUAACAUAACAACAUGGGUCGGGUUCUCAGCAGGGCAGGUUCCUGUGGCUCCCAGUGCUUCCCAGUGAAGGGAAUCCUCUCUGGGACAUCUGAUCCGAUCCCAGUCUCCAGCUCUGCUGGCCAAACACAGCUUUGGAAGCAGCUCAGUGGGGAGCUGAACCCUCCCCUGAGCUAAUGCCUGCGGAGGAGACCGGCUUCCUUUGGGUCUCCAGCGGGUUUUAGGCAUGGACAGGGUAGAAAACUUCUGAGCUGCGUGGGCUUGUCCGCAGCAGGGUCAGAGUGCAGUGUAGUUAGCAAGUGCUCUCCUGUUCCCAUUCUUACCCAAGAGGGCGUUUGAACAGGUCCUUCUUAUUCUUUCUGUGAAAUGAUUUGUGAAUUGCUGUGCAAUCGACUGGCAACAGCGUCUCUGCCGGGUCGGUGGGAUGGAGGGAGGCAGAUGCCCGGAGGGAGCGCGAGCCAUGGUCUGACAGCCCUUGCGCAGAGCGGGGCUCACCGGCGGUACGCGUCCGGAGCUACAUUUGCUGAUCUCUCAGUGUUGCACAAGUUAUUGCUUCUAGCAGGACUGAACAAUAAGACGAAGGGCAGAUGUCUCAAAUCGCUGCAGUAACUUCCUUGAUCGCCCACACGAUGGGACGGGAUUUUCUGCAGCAUUUGCCAGUCUCACGGGCCUGGGCUGUUUAAACAACUGUUUAGCAGACUUGAACAAAAGCUCUUAAGAAAUGCAGUGAUCGUCUCAACUUUCUCAGCCCUCCUCUCUGCUGUUUUGCUGUUACUUCUCACUACAUUGUAUCUACAAACCUGCCAACAUCCGCUGACAAAAAAGCAGGCAUGUAUUUGCAUGUGUUUGCAUAAAUUUGCAUGUAUCUGGGCUUAGGCCAGCAAAAGCAUGUGCUUUCUUACUUUGAAGCGAUGUUAUUACAAGCCCUGGAUUGAGUGAUAAUUGCAUUGGCGAGUUUGUACUGUCUGUCCAGACAAAACGGUCAAUAAAGCAUCCGUUUCUUGAACUUGCUGGCAGCAAAACCGUAAAACUGUGACCAGCAUGUGGCACGUGACGCCCUAGGGAAAAUGUAGAACGCUUUUUGCCAUCUAGAAAUGUCUGCAAGGUGACAGAAGUCCUUUUGCAGCAAGUAAAAAUAAUACACGAACUGCG